GGGUUUCUCGGGCAAUGGUAUCCCUCACCCUUCACUGUGGACGGAAACACGUACACAACCUGCGAAAUAUGGAUGAUGGUGCAGAAGGCGCAGCUCUUUGGGGACGAGAAGGUAGCGAAGGACAUGCUGAAGACCAGCGAUCCAAAGGUGCACAAGGCGCUUGGGCGGAAGGUCAAGAACUUCGACAACGAGGUGUGGGAUAAGAACAAGUUCGAUAUCGUGAUGCAGGGUAAUGUGCACAAGUUCACGGUUUCGCAGGAUGCGGCAAAUAUGAUGAAGUGGUUACUGGCGACUGACGAUAUGGAGCUCGUUGAGGCCAGUCCGAUGGACCGCAUUUGGGGCAUCGGUUUUGCAGCCAGGGAUGCUGAUGCGAACAGGCAUCGUUGGGGGCAGAAUCUGCUGGGCAAGGCGCUGAUGGUGGUGAGGACGAGGUCGAGGGAGGAGGAG